AUGCCCCACAAAUACAGAAUUAAACCGUCCAGGUAUGAACACAACGAUCCGGAAGUCAAGGCAGAAAUGCGGAAGUUUAUCCAACAGUUUGAGGAACGGCUGAAAAAGAAGCUGCAACACUCCCCGAUAGACAUCGAUUUGACCCACGUAGUGCCACGCCAGCUGUACGGCCGGACGGGCAAGAUUGUCCCGCUGAAGCCUUACGAUGACCGGGAGUUUGAGCAGAUCGUUCGCUGCCGCAUGGAGGAGGCAUUCCGCUGUUACAACCUCGAGGACCAGGACACGGACAGUCUGAGUCCGGAAACGGGCGACAGGGACGAGGACGAGGACGGCGAUGGCGAGGAUCGGCUGUCCAAGUUUGAGAUGCGGAUCGACCCGAAGACAAAGCCCCGCGAGCUGAAGCUCAAGGAGGUCAACUGGAUGGAGAGCUUCCUGCGGAAAACGCGCAAAGAGCGAAUCAAGUGGCAGACGAAGCUGUACAAGUCGGACAAGAAACUGCUCGAAAAGCCACUGUUCGAGCAGGUCGAAGAACUGAUCGACUUGGGGGCGCAAGAUUUUGCCGAGUGGCUCAACACGCUGGGCGCGGAAAAGUCCAACAUUACGAAGGACAUCAUCAAGCAGCUGUUUUCGAUCGGGGUGGAGGGCGAUUCGGCGAAGGCGUUGUAUGUGGAACCGAAGGAGAUACGGGCGAUUCCGGCGGAGGUGGCGCGCGAUUGGAACUUGCACUACAUGGCACUGCAGCGCAAAAUCGCCCAAGUUAUGCGGAGUGACCGGGCGCAAGCCAAGGUACGCGAACGGCACGUGGCCUUUGGACGUACGCUGCCGAUGGAGAUGCGCCGGUUCCGGCGGUUCGACGACAUCGACGAGAUCGUACCGAACUUCCCGCCGGAGACGAAAACGUUCGAGAAGGUGUUCAAGGGCAUUUGCCAUUUGAGGAGUGUUCGCGUGCUGGUGGACCACCUGAAGCAGCACCCGGAGAUUCAUCGGCCCAAGUAUCUGGUCGAUUUGGGCAUGUUCCGCGAGAAGGAGGCCAAACCGGACGAUUACGUGCCACUUUACGAAAAGUACUUCAAGUGGACCGCAUCGGAGGGAAUAACGCCACGCUAAAUUGGAAUUGCAUUUAUUUCUUUGGUUUGCUUGAAAUUGACUUAAUAAAGCAAUAGUCGGAAUAGGCAGUAUGAUAAAAA